UCCGCUUCUUUUCUGCCAGACACCCAAUGUAAACCUAAACCUGCCGGUGCUGCUAUGAAGUCCGAGCAAAGCUCCGUGGAGACACCGGCGACUCUCCGGGGGAUCGAGAGCCUGCUCCAAAAGCUAGCGCACGGAAAGGAGGAUGAGCCGGAGAAGCAAGGCGAACGCACGGACGUCGAUCUGAAGUCAGCGGACGUGCGCACAAGCGUUGCCAAGCCAGUGAAAGACUGUCUUUUGGGUGAAAGAAACCAAAUGUCUGCCCCUGUUAAAAGCAGCGACUCCGGUGAUCUGUGCGUAACGGAACCAAACCGCGAGCCGCCGAUUAAAACCACGAAUGAAACUCGGAGGAAAGAGGAUUCUGGUGUCGGGAAAUGUGCAGAAGAUGCAGAGGAUGGCCCCACUGGUCCGGUCUCAUCACCACGCCGUCCUGGUCUUAAAGCCAUGUCAGAGGACCGCCUCAAAUCGGGAGACGAAGGCGAGCGCGACGUGCCCAAAAAAGAAGAAAGCGCAACGGGCGAUGAGGAUUUACAUCGUGGCGGUAACUAUUGGAGCGGGAGAACUGAGUCGGAUGACUAUGAGGAUGAUGAUGAUGAUGAUGAUGAUGAUGAUGAUGAUGAUGAUGAUGAUGAUGACGAGGUAACUUUGGUGCUUUCCGCCGGCUGCGUCCCGUGCGUAACGGAGGACGAGUCCCAUUACAUUACCACGCACGAGAUCCAGCUCUCGGAACUUUCUGAUGAUGAGGGGGACUACGACCUCGGGGCGGGCUCCUCCGCCAGCUGGGACAUCGAGGAUGGCAACCAGGUGUACUCCUUUGUCGAUUACGCCUCUUUCGACGGUGAUGGAGCGGCGGGGGAGACGGGGAACGGCCGCCAGCCUCGCUCUCCGGGCGCAGCAGCGGUCAGCACUCUGCUUGAAAGUGAUCCGUGCCACGCGGCCAAGUUCGCCAGCUCAGAUGAGAGUGCGUCAAAGCAGCAGCAGUGCAGUGGCAACAGUGCUGGGCAGAUCCACCUGUCAAUCAGAACCACUUCGCGAGCUAUAAAUGACCCUGGCAACGUCCAAGAACAGGGAAAUAUCCUUUAUCAUGCCAGGCGCUCCGGAGACAUGAGCCGCUAUGUGUUUAGGGGAGUUGAUGGGAAGGCAGAGACGUUGUGUGACAGGGCGAAGUGUUUCAUAGCCGCGCCCGGACGCAUACACUUUGGCCGCAAAUUGAGGGGAAAAGAGGUCACCGGGUAUUCCAGCGGCGCGUCCAGCGCUGUCAGCGAGCUGGACGAUGCUGACAAGGAGGUGCGCAACCUGACAGCCAGAGCCUUCAAGAGCCUGGCGUACCCUUACUUUGAUGCCAUUAAUUUCAGCACCUCCAGUGAGUCAUCCGCUUCAGAGCAUGGCCUAGGGAUAAACAGGUGGUCCACGUUUGUCGACCUGAAAUAUGGCAACAUGAAUUUGUCGCAGGGACUGGACAAAAGUGUCGUUUCCCAUCAAAACUCUACGGCCUCAUUUGAAAUCGCAAAGAAUGUGGAGAACAGGGGUUAUAAGGGCAUUGCACCAGCAAGCUUCCAACCGCCCACCGGCAAGAUCUUCACCCUGAGUGGGAAUCCCCACGGCGCAUCGUCGUCCACAAAGAAAAUAGAGCUGAUGGGGAAAUUCAGCCAGGGCCACAGUGGGGUCAUCAGACUGACCGAGACUCUGAAUUUUCGCUGCAAUGUCAAAUCGGGAAUGUCUGAGGCAGAAAGACGCACUAACUUUGCACAAAACGCAGCAGGAUCACGUUCCACGGAUGAAGUUACCAACACUUUGCCAAGCAGCCAGAGGAGAGGGGCCAGCCAGCCGCCCACUAAAACCAUGGAAGACACACACAAGAAAGCCAUAUUCGCCUCGAGCCUCCUCAAAAAUGUGAUUUCGAAGAAGAUGCAGUUCGAGCAGGAGCGCAAGAUGGAAAGAGGGGAGAUCAGUGAGCCGCAUCAGACGUCUUCCCCGUGCUUUGUGCACCAGGAGAGCGACGGCCACAGGGGGAAGGGGAGCAGGGAGCUGCACAGACAGGGCUCCAGGUUCUCUGAGAGCAGUUCUGACUACGCCAUAAUGUGCGUGGAUGAAUUAGGGGACUUCGUGGACAGCGGCUCAUGUGAUACCAAGAGCGACUCCCGGAGACAAGACACGGCCGCUCCCGCACCAGAAACUAAUUUGGAGCACGCAAAUGAAGCUGGAAUCGAUGCUAAAAAAGGCGCAUUGGAAGCGUCCAAAAGCACGCUGCUUCGCAGCCAAAAUAGCGCGUUCAGAUGCUGGAAGGACGAGGAGCUAGAGUUUCAAAAGGAUCAUAAAAACGAUCAAACUCCGCAGGAGAAGCCGCCUUCAGUUAACGUCAAAGAGGGCGAGGGGGAUCAGUACUCAUCGUGCAGCGGCAAACUGACAAAAAUGUCACAUUUGUUUGUGCCAAGUAUCCAACUGCUGCCCAGUGACGGAGAAGUCGGACAGCAGCUGCAGGACGGGAAUUAUUCUCCGUGUGGACACGGAGGAGGGAUUAAACUGCGCUCUGACAACACUUUAUACAUCCAAGACACCAGGAGUGUGGCUACAUCGAAAUCUCCGGAGAUUAAAAUUAAUUUAAGGAGCGUCAGAAACAAUAAAACGGAGCCUUUUGGCGUCUCCAAACUGCGCGCGCCUAAUAUAGGCUGUAACGCAGCCAGCCUCAUCAGAACAGAUGACUUCAAGUGCCAGGCGCUGGCUGCAGCUUUCAAGGGUGAGUCUUCAGACAAAGUUCCGCACUUCAUGGUCAGAGACAUUAGAGAUAACAAAGGAAAGCUGCAGACGCCCAUACACCAAGUGAGAGACGUGCGUAAAUUGGUGAAAAGUUCUUAUCACUUUGUUUCCUUAGAUAACAACGACAAUAAAUCCAGCGUUGCCUCCGGUGACAGCCAGGCAGAGCAGAGGAAGCAAAUCACCUAUCGCAACCCCAAUUCUGUGUCCCCUAUAGUGAUAAAAUGUCAGUCUGUCAAUACAAACAGUAACGGAAAACUUAACGAGUUGUCUAAUAGGGAUCUGUUCGAUGUAGACAGGUCGUCUCCAGAGGGCGCUAAAAGUGCGCCACUGCAAAAGGCAGCAGGGAGAGCGCCCAUAGGUAACUCCAACAAUCCCUCAGAGGGAGACACUGGAUUGAAAACCGAAAGCAGAAUAGCUCCAAAGAGGCAGGAAAAAAUAACAGACAUCAUGGAGAAGAAACCUGAAUCCAAGAUGGCCAACCAGGGGGCUUUGGAAAAACUCCAGGCUGCCGUGAAAACAAUGGAGCAGCUCUAUGUCUUUGAGAGGAAUGAAUGGAAAAGGAAGAAUGAGCCCCGGCCCCUGACAGACAGCCAUGUGCUUUCACUGAUAAGCAGUGAUGAGCAUGGAGGACCUGAGGAGGAAGGAGCGAUAGGGUCCAACGUGGCCAAGACGCCACCAGCGGUGGCAGCGUCCCCCGCCGCUGACAGCCUGCUGAGGCGAGAGGACAAACCCUUUCAAAGUCCUGGCAGCCGAGAUGAGAGACUAGUUACUAAGUCGCUGCAAACCCCCAGUGCCACAGGAAGUAAAAACCUGUUCAGUCUCAGUUCUAGCUUCAAGGCCUCGACAACCCAAAAAACACCCCAGCCAAGCGCUGUCACAUCAGCUCCUUUCAGCAACAAAUGCUUUGUCCCAAAGUCUCAAAAACUGCCUGCAUCCUUGAAAGUCAGCCAGCCGAGGGUAAGUGGACAUGAAGGAGAUGGAUCAAAGGAGUCAGAGAGGUCCAUGCAGGAACUCUCGAGCGCCUCGGCUGACAGUGAGAACUACCUCACCAUUCCAGUCAAGUCCCACGCCAGCAGCAACAAGCAAGCCUCGUCCACAUUUACAACCCAGACACAUCCAACCACACCUUCAGGACACUUGGAAUCCAGCUCCAGGGGACAGGACGACCACAACCAGUCCCCUAAACGGUCCAGCACUGUGAUGGAGACACACUCCCCAGAGGUCGCUCCUGCCACCAUCUACCACUCCAUGCCAUUUGGCAUGGCCACCAAUCAGCCUCAGCUGUACUGUUUCUCCCCAGCAAUCACCCCCACACCCACACUGGACCCCUUCCAGACCACUCAGAGGAAGAUGCUCCUUGAUCCCACCACUGGAAACUACUACCUGGUGGACACUCCUGUGCAGCCGACCACCAAGCGCCUUUUUGACCCUGAGACAGGCCAGUAUGUGGACGUGCCCAUGCAGCAACCUCCUAUGACCCCAGUUCCAAUGCAAAUGUCACCUUUGGCCCUCAGUCCAGGAGCAUAUGGACACACUUACAUGAUCUACCCAGGCUUCAUGCCAACGCCAUCUAUGAUCCCAGCACGGACACUGGUGCAGUCGCAGAUGUCGAUGCAGUCGGAGAUGGAUGGUGUGGAGAAAGCCUCAGCGCAGCAGAAUGAGGGGAUGUACAUGGAGAGUCCCUUCUACAUGACCACUGGGAAGUCUCCCCAGGCGACCUCCGGGGGUCAACAGCAGGCCACUGCCAACAGGCAGCCGCAGGGCUUCGCCAGCAUCAAGCAGCCGGUCGUCAGCAUCACCUCCCAGCAAGGGCCCCGGAUCAUUGCCCCACCCUCGUUUGAUGGGACCACCAUGAGCUUUGUGGUGGAGCACAGAUGAAU